CAACUUAUGAUGACAUACAACAUGUAUAUUAAAAAUAACGUUCAUUAUCGAUAUGAAAUUGUCAGGUUUAAUACUUUCAAAAAUUGGACCGUACCGUACGUAAAAUCUGAGAAACUUUCGGCAGCUGGUUUUUAUUUCACUGGCCGAAAUGAGACAAUUAAAUGUUUUGAUUGUUACCUAGAAAUAUCCAAAUGGCCGAAUGGAGUCAAUGUAGUAGAAAAUCACAUACUUUUUUCUCCAAAAUGCAGAUUUGCUCGUAAAAUUUCUUGUGAUAAUAUACCAAUCGAGAAUAAAAAAAACAUUUAUGAUAUGGAGCAUAAUGAAUUUAUGUUAAACAGAAAAAUAGCCAAGCAUCCUAAUUAUCGCUUUUAUCAAACUCGUUUUAAUAGCUUUAUAUCAUGGCCUUUAGUGAAAAUCCAAACUGGUCAGCAAUUAGCGGAGGCGGGAUUUUUUUAUACAGGACAAAAGGAUAAAGUAGUUUGCUUUUAUUGCGGCUUAAUUUUGAAGGAAUGGACUGAUUACGAGGAUCCUUGGGAAGCUCAUUAUAAAUGGGCUGCUACAUGUUUUUAUAUACUCACGAUUAAAGGAGAAGAUUAUUUGGAUAGUCUUCAUAAAGAUGCUUAUGAAAGAGAAAGAAGGAUGGUACAUAUUAGUAAAAAAGGAAAAAACCUAGCACAUUAUGUUAGUCCAGAAAAAUGUGCUGAGGCAUUAGAGAAUAUUAGAAUAUAUGAAAAGGACCCUCAAAGUUUACGAAAUAAUAUAGAAGAUGUAACAAAUAAUAUUUCACCAAGUAAAGACGAAAAUAAAGAAAUUAAAAAGAAAACUGUGAAUAAGUUAUUAUGUGACAUAAAUGCAAAAACUUCUGAUUCUAAAGAUGACAUUUUAUGUAUAAUUUGCUUUGAAAAGCAACGAAAUAUACUUUUGAAACCGUGUGGUCACAUAUUGACGUGUGCCGAUUGUUAUAAAACAACGUUGAAUGUGGAAAACUAUAAAUGUUCUUUUUGUGGUGAGAAAGUAAAGGGAUCAAUUAAAAUUAGGAUUAUAUGAUCAAAAUUUAUAAACGAAGACUUGAUACACACAAAACUUUCUCUUUAAGUAUUUUAAAAUAAGAAUAUUGCAGA